AUGAAAUUUUCCAAGGGACUGUUGCAGAUGAAGCACAUUGACAACAUCCCAUCAACACCUGGCAAGUUCAAGAUGGAGAAAUCUCCAUACAUUCACAGACUGAGAUGGCACUCUUCUUUAGCCAAGCUCACCUUAUGGUCCUUCGUGUUCUUGGGCUUGAUCUAUUUUUUCUUUUACAGAUCACCGUCUUCGUUUUCACCGAGACCCACAGAUCUCUCUCGCCGAUCGCUUCGAACCAAUUUCUAUGGCGGCCCCGCCUGGGAAAAACAGGUCCGGUCCUCGGCUCGAGUCCGGUCCCGGAAUGGGAUCUCUGUGCUUGUCACCGGAGCCGCCGGGUUCGUCGGAACACACGUGUCCGCCGCCCUGAAACGCCGUGGUGACGGUGUUCUCGGGCUCGAUAGUUUCAAUGACUAUUAUGAUCCGUCAUUGAAACGAGCCCGCCAGGCGCUCUUAGAGCGCUCUGGAAUCUACAUUGUGGAUGGUGACAUUAAUGAUGUCUCUCUCCUCAAGAAGCUAUUUGAUAUUGUAGCAUUUACCCAUGUAAUGCACUUGGCCGCGCAGGCCGGUGUAAGAUAUGCAUUGGAAAAUCCGAGCUCUUAUGUGCAUAGUAAUAUUGCUGGGCUUGUGAGUGUUCUUGAGGUUUGUAAAAGUGUCAAUCCACAGCCGUCAAUUGUGUGGGCAUCGUCUAGUUCUGUUUAUGGAUUGAAUACCAAAGUACCAUUUUCGGAGAGAGAUAGAACAGACCAGCCUGCUAGUUUGUAUGCUGCAACAAAGAAGGCUGGUGAGGAAAUUGCACAUACUUAUAAUCAUAUAUACGGACUUUCGCUUACUGGGUUGCGUUUCUUCACGGUUUAUGGACCUUGGGGGAGGCCUGACAUGGCAUAUUUCUUCUUUACGAGGGACAUAUUGAAGGGGAAGUCAAUAACCAUCUUUGAAGCAGCUAAUCAUGGCACAGUUGCAAGGGAUUUUACCUACAUUGAUGAUAUUGUGAAGGGUUGCUUGGCAGCAUUGGAUACCGCGGAGAAGAGUACUGGUAGUGGUGGUAAGAAGAAGGGGCCAGCUCAAUUGCGGGUGUACAAUUUGGGAAAUACUUCUCCGGUGCCAGUUUCGGAUCUUGUGAGCAUUUUGGAGAGGCUGCUGAAAGUGAAGGCCAAAAGGUUGAUAAUGAAGUUACCACGGAAUGGGGAUGUGCAAUUCACCCACGCAAAUAUAAGUUUGGCCAAGAGGGAGCUUGGGUAUAAGCCUACAACAGAUCUGCAGACAGGUUUGAAGAAAUUUGUUCGAUGGUACCUCAGUUACUAUGGUAAUGGAAAGAGGAGUGUGCAGUGAUACAUUCUUUCAAUUUGUGGUAGGAGAAUUCAGAUUCUUAUUCAUUUUGAUUCAUAUGAUUGCUUUUAACAUAUCGCCAUUCACCGGAUUAUCUCGAUUGAAUAUAUCUUAAUGAUGCCAUAUGGGGGAGGAAAUUUGCAUCCCAGGAUAAAGAAGUUUUUGUGGUUGGUUCACAUUGUUUGCUGGCCAUUCUAAUUCCGGUCUUAUCAAAGGAAAUCCAGAGCCAUCUACUUUUAAGU